AUAAAUACAUCACCAUGCUCUUAAACCCAUUCCAUUGCAAUCUUAUAAGCUACCUUAACACAACUUACAAACUCAAAAACCCCAAGUUUUCACUUUCAAAAAACUUCCCACAUUCACCAUGUCUGGCACGUGCGGCAACUGUGACUGCGCUGACCGCAGCCAAUGCACGAAGAAGGGAAACAGCAACACCAUGAUCGUUGAGACUGAGAAGAGCUACAUCAACAAUGUUGAGAUGGAUGCUCCAGCUGAGAACGAUGGCAAGUGCAAUUGCGGUACUGGCUGCAGCUGCACAGACUGCACCUGUGGCCACUAAGCCAACAUACAAUGGUCAUGCUUCAGAUCAUGGCAUAUAUAGGGAUCUAAAUAAUGAAUUUAAGGUUGAAUAAUUUGUGUCUGUUGUAGUUUGUGUGGUGACUUAUAUCUGUCAGUUAACCUUUCUCUCCUUUACUAUGAUGUAAUGGCUAUGCUUAUGGCCUUAUCUGGUUAAUGAAGUAUCCUUACUAUA